AUGAAAACCCGACUCAACCGGAUAUUCAUGAAGGGAAAAGAAAGUGGAAGAAACGGCAUCAUAAUGAAUACUCGAGGACUCCGCUCUCAGCUGAAAGACAGCGUGCCUGUGGCAGGAUUAUGUCCGCAGGGAGCUUAUGGUGUGCAGGACACUCUGCGGAGCGGCUUCACCAGCGUAAAGAAUGAGCUCAUUCCAAGCCACCCGCUGGAGCUGUCAGAGAAAAAUUUCACGCUGAACCAGGACAAGAUGAACUUCUCUACUCUCAGAAACAUCCAGGGUCUUCAUGCUCCACUCAAACUUCAGAUGGAGUACAGAGCAGCCAGACAGAUCCAGCGUCUGCCCUUCUUACCGAGUUCAAACCUGGCUCUGGAUACACUGCGAGGCAGCGAUGACUCCAUCGGCUUCGAGGACAUCCUCUGUGAUCCAGCUCAGAGUGAGAUGAUGGGCGAGCCACACCUGAUGGUGGAAUACAAACUGGGUCUAUUGUGAAACAAGAUGGACACACACAUAUAAUACACAGCUGCACACAUAGAUUUAGGUUUAUUAUUUGUCUGCAUACAUUCAUCGUUCAUUGGCUCAACAACCAAAUUCACCAUCUGAGGUGUCUGGUUUGUGAAGAACUGAGUCGACCAUCCUCGGGCAAAGGAAGGGUGGGUGUGUGUGCGUGGGGUUAUCUUGUACAUGAUGAAAUAAAUCUGGAGUGUGACCGGGUCAUUCAGACGAGCAUUCAGUGGUGCUUUUAUAUGAUUCCAACCCAUCUGGUAUUUCUAAUAAAAUUCAAUAACCUUCCUCA